UUGAGAAAGAACCUAAAAUUGAGAGAGAGAGAGAGAGAGAGAGAGAGAGAGGAGGAGGAGGAGGAGGAGGAGGAAAAGGAGAACAAAAGCACUUGAAUUGGGCCCAUGCCAUGUCUCCUCAAUAGGCUCAAGAUGUGAUCUUCAUCUUUCUCCACUGCACUGCCAUUUCCUUCCAUCUACUUCCCCUUUUCUUCCCAGUCAUUAUUGCUAAAAAUACACCAGCUAGAGAAUUCCGUCCCCAACAAUACAUCAUGUCAACCGAAGAAGGAUCUUCUCGACCCGCCGGUGCCGCGGAUCACCACCAGCAUCCGGCGCCUCUUAGCCGAUACGAGUCGCAGAAGCGCCGGGACUGGAACACUUUCGGGCAGUACUUGAAGAACCAGAGACCGCCGGUUUCUCUCUCCCAGUUCAACUGCAACCACGUCCUCGAGUUUCUUCGGUAUCUAGAUCAAUUUGGCAAGACAAAGGUUCACUUACAUGGCUGCGUCUUCUUCGGGCAACCCGACCCGCCUGCCCCCUGCACUUGCCCUCUCCGGCAAGCUUGGGGAAGCCUCGACGCACUGAUUGGACGGCUCAGAGCCGCCUACGAGGAGCACGGCGGAGCACCGGAGACGAACCCUUUCGGCAAUGGAACUAUUCGCGUAUAUUUGCGCGAAGUCAAGGAGUGUCAAGCCAAGGCAAGAGGAAUUCCAUACAAGAAGAAAAAGAGAAAGAAGAAUCAGAUCAAGGCCAGCCAUGAACUGCUGAAGGCGCCCAAACAGCCUACUUAAAAGUCGACUUUGGCUUCACUGCAGAAAAAAUGAAGGAUGAAAUCAAUUGGAUGACGAGGGGUGCUGGCCAAGGACACAAAUCUAGAGAUGCAUUCUGCUCCAAAAUAUUUGGUUUUCUUCUUAUAUAUGUAUACAUACAUAAUUAUAGCUAUAUAUAUAGAGAGAGAGAGAGAGCCCUAGUUUAUGGUAGCUAGAUAGCGCUGGACACCUUGAAUAUUUAUGUGGCAUUUCAUAAAUCUUAUUAAAUAGUGUAUCAUUUACUUUUGAUCCAGAAAACUGGAACAGUCACUAUCAUGUCUAGAUUAUCUGAUGCUUGUCUUAGUGCACACUCUAGAUUAUUAGUUCAUGAUCUCUUCACAUGCAUGUAAAUCAUGGUAAGCUGUUGCCAUGUAUAUAUAUGCACUUCAAUAUAUUGUCACUUGCAGAAUGUGGCCGGAAUUACCUC